GGGCCUAAGUGUAAGAAAGCCGACGACGAGGCGAGGAGGAGGAGCAGCUUGCGCCCACUAUAGAAAUCCCUCGCCCUCCGUCUCCGCUCCCCCCAAAUCCCCCAAAUUUGACCCGUUUCUCCGCCGAUUCGCGUCACCCCCCUUUCUGCUCGGGUCGGUGAGUGGCCUCGGCCCCCGGCGGGGAUGGGGUACCUGAGCACCGUCAUCGGCCACCCCACGGACGGAUCGCCCGUCAGCGGCGGCGGCCUCAGCCAGAAUGGUAGGUUUAGCUAUGGUUAUGCGAGCUCCCUGGGUAAAAGGGCUUCCAUGGAAGACUUUUAUGAGACAAGAAUUGAAAGUGUUGAUGGACAGCUUAUUGGUUUAUUCGGAGUUUUUGAUGGUCAUGGUGGUGCUAAAGUAGCUGAGUAUGUCAAACACAACCUCUUCAGCCAUCUUCUUAGGCAUCCAAAGUUCAUGAGUGACACAAAAGUGGCUAUAGAUGAUUCUUAUAAAAGUACCGACAGUGAGUUCUUGGAAUCUGACAGUACUCAAAACCAGUGUGGGUCAACAGCAUCAACUGCUGUACUUGUUGGUGAUCGUCUCUUUGUCGCAAAUGUUGGAGACUCCAGGGCUAUCAUAUGCAGGGCAGGAAAUGCUGUACCUGUUUCGAAAGAUCACAAGCCUGAUCAGACAGAUGAGCGGCAACGUAUUGAAGAAGCUGGAGGUUUUGUUAUGUGGGCAGGGACAUGGCGUGUUGGUGGUGUACUUGCUGUUUCUCGCGCUUUUGGUGACAAGCUCUUAAAGCAGUAUGUAGUUGUGGAUCCAGAGAUCCGGGAGGAAAUCGUUGAUGAGUCCCUGGAGUUUCUCAUCCUUGCAAGCGAUGGGCUGUGGGAUGUGGUCUCUAACGAGGAGGCUGUCGAUAUGACCCGGUCAAUACAAGACCCAGAGGAAGCUGCAAAGAGGCUCUUGCAAGAGGCCUACAAGCGGGAGAGCAGCGACAACAUAACCUGCGUCGUCGUGCGCUUCUUUCACGGGCAAGGGAGUAGUGGGCCUGCUUAAAGCAGGUGCAAGAGUUACUCUCAACUUCUCAAGUCGACAUUGUACUGUGAUGACACACGUACAUGCCUUGAUUGAUUCUUAAGGUUUAAACGAAGAGAAACUGGAAGUAGGAAAAGUGUACUCUGAUAUGAGAACAAAAGUUUAGGAACGAAGUGUGCCCUAGGCCUUAGAUUUAACAAUAAAUUUGCUGGUGAUGAACUGAUGACCGUUCAUCGUGGUUUAGUCGUGGAUGGUGUUGGGUCUGAUGAGUGUGUUGUAUCUUGUUGUGGAUUGCCAAACCAUUUGUGAGUGUGAUGUAAUAUCCAUAACUCUCUCAAGGUAAGCGAUUAUUGUUGUACUGAAAUUGAGCAAUGACAAGUAUAAUUGAGUUGUUA